ACACCACAUACUGGAUCUAGCCAUUGACAGCGUCCCUUCUGACCUAGGAUGUCCGCCGGAUUAGUUCUUUCCAGCCUGCGUUCGAUACGUUCGGAGAAUCUACGUGGAAAAUUUCCCAACGAGCCUUUUCUUUUCCUUCUUCAAAAUUCGUCCACAUGUCGCGAUUAUUUCGUCUUUUUCUAGUAACGCCCCUUCUCUUCACGGUUGCAUUAGGGCUUUCCGGAUCUAUUUUUCCACAGUAUUUCUUCGCAUGUAUACAUCAUUUGUUGCGUAUGACAGCCACACGAAGAGGAUGUUUUGAUGACUGGAUGGCCAAGUUUUUAAUGCAUAGCUUGCGCGAGCGCAAAUGGAACGGAAUCAGAAUGAUUAGUCUUCAACCUGCGAAUCAUGGUGAGCCGCCUCAGAGACGACCGAUGGUACGACGGAUGGAUGCUACAGCGCGCAUUCUUUUGCGCUGCUGUUGCGAAGUUCGCAUGGCCCAUCCCACUUCCGUUCCCCCAUGAGGCGCUUGAUGCCCAAUGUGAAUCACGCCAAUCUAGAUCUUUCAAC